AUGGAGAAGAGCGUUUACCAGUUGCUCACAAUAGACCGUUGGCAGUCCCUGAAUCACAUGGAAUACAAACUAGCUUCACUCAGGCCAGUUCAUGGGAGGUUAGCUUUAAAAUUUCUCAACUGGGUUUCAAAGCAGCCAGGUUUGGAGCUCCAUCACCUCACUCACUUGUUCUCCAUCACGGUUCACAUUCUUGUUCGAGCUCGAAUGUAUGAACCUGCCAAAUUGAUCUUGACGCAUCUGUCCCGUAUGAGUACUUGUUCAACUUCGGUUUUUAGUGCAAUAAUGAAUACCUACCCUGUUUGCAAGUCUAAUCCUUCAGUUUUUGACCUUCUAAUGAAGGUCUACUUGAAGGAAGGGAAUGUUGACGGUGCUUUGGAGACUUUUUACUUGAUGGGUUAUCGAGGCUUUGACCCUUCUGUUCGUACCUGUAAUAUGGUGCUUAGUUCCAUGGCGAAAGACUGUAGAGUUGAGUCAGUGUGGUUGUUUUUUGAACGGAUGCUUGCAAGGAAGAUUUGUCCUGAUGUUUCCACGUUUAAUAUAUUGCUUCAUUUGUUGGGGGAACAAGGAAAGCUUAAGAAAGCUAGGCACCUUUUGAGGAAAAUGGAAGAGAGUGGUUAUGUUCCAAAUGUAGUUACUUAUAACACUAUGCUCAACUGGUGUUGCAAGAAAGGGAGGUACAAAGUUGCUAUUGAAUUGAUAGAUCAAAUGGCAUCGAAAGGUAUUGCAGCGGACGUGUUCACAUAUAACAUGCUUAUCGAUGAUUUGUGUAGAAACAAUAAGAGUUCUAAAGGUUACUUGCUGUUGAGAAACAUGAGGAGUAGGAAGAUUUCUCCCAGUGAAGUUACUUAUAACACUCUGAUUAACGGGUUUGUGAAAGAAGGGAAGAUUGGUAUCGCCAAUCGAAUUUUCGAUGAGAUGGCAAUGCUUAGUCUUUCUCCAAAUGCUCGUUCGUACAAUUGUUUGAUUGAGGGCCACUGUGACCAGGGUGAUUUUGAAGAAGCUUUCAAACUUCUGAAAUUGAUGGAAGCAGCAGGGUUGAGACCAAAUGAAGUUAGCUAUGGGAUUCUCUUAAAGGGUUUGUGCAUAAAUAACAAAUUGCACUUGGCCAGAAACCUUCUUGAGAACAUGAGGAUGAAGAAUACAGCUGGUUGUAUAGCAUACACAACAUUGAUCCAUGGGUUAUGCCAAAAUGGGUUGCUUGAUGAAGCUGUGCAGUUGCUUAAUAAUAUGGCCUCGGACGGUGCAAGUCCUGAUGUCAUUACAUUUUCUGCACUCAUAAAUGGAUUCUGCAGAGUUGGGAAGGUAAAAGCUGCCAAGGAAGUAGUAUGUCAAAUGUACAAAGCUGGACUCCAACCAAACAGUAUAAUAUAUGGUACUUUAAUCUACAAUCACUGCAGGGCAGGAAAUAUUACUGAAGCAUUUAAGUUAUAUGCAGCAAUGAAUUAUGAUGGCCAUGAUGCCAGCUCUUUCAUCUGUAAUACAUUAGUAUCUUCUCUUUCCAAAGGUGGAAUGAUACAAGAAGCAAAGGAGUUUAUGCAUCACAUGUCAAGAAUUGAUGUUGUUCCAAAUUCCAUUACUUUUGACUCUAUUAUCAACGGGUUUGCUAGAUUAAGUGAUCCUUUGGCAGCCUUCUUGGUAUUUGAUGAAAUGAUUCAUUCUGGUCACCAGCCCUCUUGUGUUACAUACAGUAGCCUGCUUAAGGGACUGUGCAAGGCUGGAAACUUAGGAGAGGCCAGGAAAUUAUUGGAGAAACUGUAUCACAUCCCAUUUGCUGUCGAUACUAUCACUUGUAACACUAUACUUGCUGAGACCUGCAGAGUAGGAGACAUGUCAGGUGCAUUGACCCUCUUAAAUGAAAUGCUGCAGCACAAUGUUCUACCUGAUGAGUAUGCGUUCACCACGAUUCUUACUGGGUUGAGUAGGAAAGGUAAAAUGGUUGCUGCUCUUGUUUUCUAUGGGAAGAUGUUAGAAAAGGGAUUCAUGUCAUCUACUCAAGUCAUCUAUACCUGUCUGAUCGAUGGACUGUUCAAGGUUGGUCAAUCAAAGGCAGCUUUGUAUUUGUGUGAGGAGAUGGAAAUGAAAGUCCGAAACAUUGAUAUCGUUGCAAUAAAUGCAGUUAUAAAUGGAUGCUCAAGGAUGGGUAAAACAGCACAAGUGGAUGAUCUCUUUACUGGGUUAUUAUUGAGCAGUAGUUUUUCCCCUACCUUGGUUACUUAUAACAUUGUGCUGCAUGGUUAUUCAAAACAAAAGGAUAUAUCCAGAUGCUCAGAUGUUUACAAAAUCAUGAAGAGGAGAGGUGUUUUGCCUGACAAAUUAACCUGUCACUCUCUUCUUCUAGGUCUUUGUACGGCUGGCAUGUUGGAUGUUGGUGUUAAAAUGCUGAAAAAGAUGAUGGUAGAAAAUAGUGAUUUGGUUGACUGGCACACAUUUAGCAUGAUUAUAUCUUCAUGCUGUGAAAUGGGUAGAAUGGCAAAGGCUUUUGAUCUGUUGGAUACAAUGCAUUUGGCUGGAUUUUCUCCUGAUGUCAACACCGUUAAUGCCAUUAUUUCUGGGCUGACCAGAACUGAUGCUCUUCAGGAAUCUCGUCUACUUUUGCAUGAUGUAUUAGAGAAUGGUAUCAUUCCAAAAUGCAGACAAUAUAGUACCCUAAUCAACCAAAUGUGCAGAAUGGGGAAUAUUCAGGGAGCGUUCAGGGUGAAAGAUGAAAUGGAAGAAUUUGGGGUUAGUUCCCUGGAUGUUGCUGAGAGUGCUAUGGUAAGAGGGCUGGCAAAGUCUGGGAAGGUUGAAGAAGCAGUACUGCUUCUUGAUUACAUGCUUCGGAGGCGACUUGUUCCAACAAUGGCCACUUUCACAACCCUGAUGCACGAGCUCUUCAAGAAAGGCAAUGUUGCAGAGGCCAUCAAACUGAGGAGCAAAAUGGAGCACUCUGGUGUGAGACUUGAUGUGGUAGUUUAUAAUGUUUUGGUGUCAGGCCUUUGUGGGGAUGGCGACGUUGCAGGUGCAUUUAAGCUAUUUGAAGAGAUGAAACAAAGGAAGCUGUUGCCUAAUAUGACCACCUAUGACAUUCUCAUUAAGGCCAUGAUGACCAGUGAAGAGAUUGAUCCUAUCAGCUGUGAGUUGCUUUUGAGGGAUUUACAGGAGAGAGGGGUAGUAUGUGGGGAUUGGAGUGGAACGGAGAUGCAAAAGGGGCUGAUUAUAGCCAUGAAAAAGUUAAAGUCAUUGAGACACCAAAGGAGGAAAAUGUGA